AUGCAGAAGCGUCCGAAACCGGAAGUGGGCGACGUGACCACGGGGCCUCCGAAGCCGCCGCGUCUGAAGGCCGCGAAAAAGUAUUUGCAGUUCGAGAGUCCGCUGCCGCGAAGGACACGCGCCAAGCAGGGGCAUGGGCAGGAACAGAAGCGGGAGCAGCAGCAGCAGCAGCAGCAUCCCCAGGCAGACAAAGUCAUUGCUAUGCCGGACAGCAGACAGGAUGCGGCAGCGGAAGCAGCAGUGGACGUGCCAGAAACAAACAACGAGCCUCAGACCGAGCCAAGGACCCACCCAAAGCCAGAUACUGGCCAGGACUCGGUGUCACAGUCGCAGUUGCAGUUGCUGUUGCCGUCACAGUCGGCCGCCGCAAAAAAGCGUCUCGCCGAGGGCUGCACCAGCCUCAUGUACGCGUGCCAGCGAGGCGACAUUUACCAAGUGCUUGCCCAGAUGCGCGCCAAGCCCCAACUGCUGCGGCAGCGGGACAGAAGCCAUCGCAACGCGCUGCACUACUGUGCCGCGCAGGACGUUGACCAGAGCACUGACCUCGUGGCGGCCGCCAGUAUCGCCAUCGCAGCCCCCGAGCUGCUGGAGUCCGCGGACGAGGAUGGCUUCACGCCGCUCCACCUGGCCGUUAUCCAGGGCAACCUGGCCAUGGUCAAUCUCUUGUUGGCCAACAAGGCCGACGUGAAUGCGGUGGACAACGAGGGUCACUCGGUGGUGCACUGGGCCACGGUAUGCGGCGAGGUGGAAUCCUUGCGUGCCGUCCUGGCAGCGGGAGCUAGUGUGGCCAAGCCGGACGCCAAUGGAGGCACUCCGCUGCAUUAUGCUGCCCAGAUGUGCGGUGCCAGCCACGAUAGCAAGCAGCAGGCCAGCUCUGGCACCAGUUCGCGUCUCUCCCUCGAAAUUCUGGGCAUUUUGUUGGCACAUCCCCAGAGCAGUGUCGAUGUCCAGGACAAAGACGGACGACAGCCGCUGUUGUGGGCCGCCUCGGCGGGAUCGGCCAAGGCGGUGAUUGCCCUGGUCAAGGCGGGAGCACGGGUGGAGUCGUCGGAUAAAGAUGGACUUACCGCCUUGCACUGUGCUGGUUCCAGGGGACACACCGAAUGCAUUGACACCCUCAUUGGCCUCUGUGGUGCUCCCACGGAUCUCAUCGAUUCCAACGGCUGCACGGCUCUACAUUAUGCGGUUACCUUGGGCCAUGCCGAUUCCACAGCCAGACUGCUGGACCUGGAAGCGGAUCCCAAUCGCCAGGAUCGCAAGGGACGCACUCCCGCCCAUUGUGGCUGCUCCAAGGGCCAGUUCGAGACUCUGAAGCUUCUGAAGGAGCGCGGCGCUAAUCUGUGGCUGCGCAACGCCAAGGGUGACCUGCCGCUGCACGAAGCUGCCGCCUCCGGGAGAAGGGAGCUGCUCGAGUGGCUGCUGAGCCAGCGGCCUAAGCAGGUGAAUACUACCAGCAAUGACGGACGCAGCCUGCUGCACAUAGCAGCGGCCAACGAUUACACGGACAUGUGCAAGCUCCUGCUAGACUAUGGGGCGGAUGUGAAUGCCGUCUACAGGAACUCGCGGGGCUUGGUUCUGACCCCGCUGGAUGGAGCACUUCAGCGGGGCCACCGUUCCACGGCCAAGUUUCUGCAGGCCAAUGGCGGGCAGCCGGCCAACAAGGUGCGGCUGAGCAGCCGCAGGACGGGGAAGGGGAAUCCCUUCCACGAAACCAAUGCAGCUGACCUGGUAAGACCGCUCAAGUAUAUGGAGAAGGAGGAGCUACAUGACCUGCGCAGCUCCAAGAAGUACGUGGUCUAUCUAAAGCGCUCCGAUUCGGACAAUGGGAAUGAGAACGGGAAUGGCAAUGGCCAUGGUCAGGGCAACGAUCCCGAGGCGGAUUGCAGUUGCUCCGAGCAGACGUAUCGCAAGGAGCAGCGCCUGAAGCACGUCUGCCGGCGGCACAAGCGGAGGCAGCUGAGGAGGCGGACCAGCAGCUGCGGGGAGUCCAAGCACGAGCGCUGUAGCGAGAUCUGCCGCUCCAAGAGCAACAUCGAGAUCAGGCGGCGCAAGUCACGCGAGCGGUAUGCCAGCUCCAGCGAGUGGGAGGAGGAUGGCGAGGACGACGAGGACUCUUGCGAGAAUUGUUGUUACCACAAGCGGCAGAAGGAACGAGUGGUUUCACGCAAGCGUUCCACAUCCUCAAGGAAGUCCAAAGACCGUCGGGAUAGUGAUGAGGACGAGGCGAAUCACACCGUACAAUCGUCGCCGGAGAAGGGUUCCCGAAAAUCCAUAUCAGUCAACGGAGAACAGAAGCCUGGAAAUCCCAAAGAGCAGCCUAACACCAAGGAGAGGCCUCCAUCCGCCAGCAGACAUCAGACACCUCCCACCAAGGAGGGCACUUUCAUCAAGUCGCCACCGCAGAGUGCCAAGAGCGAUAAGUCUCCCCUCAUGGACACCCUUCUGGUGGAGGAAUCCCAUGCAGUUGAGCUAACAGACGAGGAGCCCGAGGCGGCCAAGUCGGUGGUGACACAGGUGGAUGUCCAUUACGAUGCCGAGCAGCUUACCUCAAAGUCUUCCGAGGAAUUGCCCAGUGCAGAGGCACCUUCUCCUCAGGAGGAGGCUAAGGUGCAGUUGAGCGAAGAGGAGACCCAGCUGGUGUCCAAGGAGGUGGAGCAGGUGAUCAAAAUAGCAGCUACGGCCCUGAGCAGCGAGUCGAAGAGUUCCAGUGAAGAGAAGCCUCCGGAAAAGAAAAGCGAAUCCCCAGCGGAAAAACCUGAAAAGGAGUUUAAGGAAACCCCACAGCCUGACGCUCCAACAGAGCCUGCCCCGCCCUCAGAGCCACCAGCUCCCGAAAAGGAGGCUGCCAAGCCACAGACAGCCGCAGAGAAGCCACAGCCGCAGCCGAAUACCACCGUCGCAGAAGGGGUUGAAUCUGAGGCUUCAAAACCAGCAUCUGCUGGCAAAAAACGCGAGCAGAUGGAGCAGGCUGAAGCCAGACCAAAGCCCAAUCCCACUCCCACACCCCCUUCGGUGCCCAAUUCCACGCCCACUCCCACUCCUUCAACAGAUGCAAAAAAGCCUACAACCGCACAACAACCACGACCUACUCCUGCUUCUGCCCCUACGCCCACCCAACAGGAGCAACCGCAACGGGAACAGGAGUCGAGGCGCUCCUUCACACUCCUGCCCUCCGACUCGGCGGACGAUGACCCAGUUGCAAACCCGUCUCCAAAUGCAGGUACAGCUUCCGAUGAGCCCGCCGCCGAGCGAAAAUCGAGCUUCCAGGUGCUGAAGAGCGACGACUCCCUGGGCGAGUCGGAGGAUCCCAAGAGACCCGGACGCAAUGUCAGCAAUCAAGUAUUUCAAGUGGUAAACGAAGGCAAUUCCAUUGUCCAGCUGCCGAGUGCCUCAGAGCUGGAGAAGAUGGAGUACGAGUACGAGGAGUAUGACGAUGAGUACGAUGAGGACGAGGCAGAUGCCAUAGAUCCGGAGCACGACAGUGCCCUGCGUCGCUUCCUGAGCAGCGGUAAUCGCCAUGGUGUGGGCAACUCAGGAGGAGCAGCACCAGGAGGCGCAGCCGGACCUGGAGAUGACAACACCGAGGGCAUGGGCAAUGGACGCAAGCGUCGCCUAAAGAAGCGUGUGCGUAGCGGCACCAAGACUCGCAGCAACUGGAAGAGCGGUCAGGAAUCCCGCGACGGAGGCAGCAGCAUUGCCGCACUGACCACUAGUAAGGAUCAGGACUCUGGCUUCGAGCCAAGUCCACGGGCAGAACGCAGCAAGAUCCCCACCCUCCGGUCUGCCCACAUGCCCCGCCGGCCCAUCUAUGCCACCCUGGACGGACGCUCCUGCAGCAGUCGGUUGGAGAACCGCAAGCCAGGCGACAAGGGAGCCUGCGACAUGGGCGCCGUGACCAGGUCCAUUCAGCGGAAUAUCCGCAGAUACUACAUGGAGCGCAAGAUUUUCCAGCAUCUGCUGGAGCUCAAAUCGCUCCAGAUCCGCUCCAGCAAGCUCAACGAGUCCGUGCUGGUGAAGCGCGCCGUUGACGACUACCACAAGUCCUGCGUGCUCCUUGGCAGCGAGACGGGAACGCGGCUGAGGCGCUACAACUUCACCGAGUUCACGUUCAAGAACUUUGAGCUCUUCCUCUACGAAACGCUCAAGGGACUCCAGCGGCCGGGCACCAACAACUUCCAGAACAUCAACGAGGUCUACGAGGAGGCGGAGCGGCGCCUAAGUCCGGACUACAAUGCCUACGAGAAGGCGCUGCAGUGCACCACGAAGACGCACCGCUGCCUCCAUGCGGCCCACGCCUACACGGGCAUCCCGUGUGCCGCCUACAUUCCCAUGAUGAAUCACCACACGAUGCCAAAGUUCGGCUUUGGACCGUACAAGAAGACGGGUAGCGUGAGCAGCUUCUUCCUGCCCAAGAUCCUGACCAGCGGCCGCGCUUCCAGCGGCAGGGCAGGUGGCACGGGCGGUGGUAGUGCGGGCGGUGGCAGUCGCUGCAAUCACAAGGUGGCCCUGGAGCUGUCACAUGGCAAAAAUAAACAGCUAAUUUCACUGCCGGCGGAGAAGCUGGACAGCAACAAACGGUACUAUGUGACGUUUACCGUUAAGGACUCCUCAGGGCCAUCGGCGUACCAGCAGCAGCGCGGGAGUACCGCGGGCGAGCCGGGCGGGGGCAAGUAG